GACGUCACAGGCACCAAUACCAACACUGUGCCUGCUCCUCCCCAGAACACAAUCAAGAUCCUCGUGUGCGGUGAUUCGAUUACUCAGGGUGCAGAGGGUGACUUUACCUGGCGCUACCGCCUGUGGGAGUGGUUCCGCAGCAAUCAAUUCACCUCUCUAUCCAUCGACCAUCUCUCUCCAGCCCUCGAGUAUGUCGGCCCCUACAAUGGCACCCUCCCCAGCUCCAUAGGCCCUACGAACCUCGACACCGCCACCUUAGCCACCUGGGGCACCUACGCCCCGCAGGUCGACCCAGCCUUCUCCCCCGGCGGCGGCAGCAGCCACUUCGCCGUCUACGGCCGGCCCGCCUGGCUCGUCGUUGACGCCCUGCAGCAGCAGGUCGCGACCUACCAGCCCGACCUCGUCAUCCUGCACCUCGGCUUCAACGACUUUGCCUGGUGGACCCUCCACGCCAACGACCUGCUCGAGAGCAUGCAGAAGCUGGUCUUCAUGGCCCGCCUCGGCCGCCGCGACGUGAAGCUGUUCAUCGCCGACGUGAGCCACCGUCUGCUCGUCCUGGGCCGCGAGGACAUCCCCGGCACCACGGACGAGUACAAUGCCAUGCUGGCUAUCAAGGUCCGCGAGUGGUCGACCCCUGAGAGCCCCGUGACCAUUGUCAAGGUCAGCGAGGAUUAUGACUGCCAUGUCGAAGCUUGCCCCGCUGGCGCAGACGGCCUCCACCCCAACGCCCUAGGCGAUUUCCAGAUCGCCCGCGCCUAUACCAGAGUCCUCCACGAGCAGUUCCUCUUCGGCACUGGGCCUCUCGAGGUCCCC